AUGCCCAACAUGUGCUACAACAGAGUGUUGAUGUGUGCUUCAACUCCUGCUGCAGCAAACUUGUUUGAAGCCUGUCUUAAGGACCUUGACAUCCGUGGCGCCCAAGAUGGGAAGGGAGUGUUUUCGCAUUUCAAGCCACGUCCAGCUCGUGAAGAUUAUUGCCCUAUCGAAUGGAGCAUUGAUCACUGGGGCACCAAAUGGGAUGUUCCGGAUCCUGUAUGGAAACGCGAGGACCUAUCCUUUCAUCUCAAGUUUGAGACUGCAUGGGCUCCACCCUUCGAUUUCUACAGGUUUAUUGAAUAUGAUGGCGGCUGGCGUGUUGAUGGGAUUUACCAUGAGCCUGGCCGGAUGUUUCUUGGACGCUAUGCCAAUGGACGUGAAAGGUCAUUUCGAUAUGACUUCAGAGACCCGAAGUGGCGGGACAAACUGCCUCAAGGUAUUGUUGAAGAAGUCAACUUAGACCGCGAAUAUCAAGAAUGGCUAGAAAACCAAGACCAAGUAUAA